AUGACGGAGACACCACAAAUACCCAAGAUGUUUCUCGGCAGGAGAAAACUAGCGCAAACACCAUGGUUCAAGUUUGCCAACAACCCUAGAUACAUUAGAUUCCUCUUUGAUAUUCCAGCUAGGGUUGCGAUUUUCCCAAACUCCAAGCGGACCAAGAAGCUUGGACUGCCUCGUUUGAUCCAGGACAUCAAACUGAGACAGUUAUAUGCGCCUAUUUAUAGAUCAAAGCCUGGUGUGUUGCACAAAAACAUGGACGGUAUCACAGUCGACACCAAGACCCACCAAUGGUACUCCGUUAGAGAAAAUGGUCCUAUUGAAGUCGAAGACCGGGUUGUCCCUUCUUACUCUUUCAGCAACCAUGUUCUAGCCACUGAGGACCCGGAAGGUCAAUCGAUGAUUUGGCAAAGUACCAAUUCCGGUAAUGAUCGAACAGAGGGAGUGAUUCAAACUGACCCCGAAAGAUAA